ACUUUCAAUUUUAGAGGCAAAGUUUUAUAUCAUAAACUUUUCAAUUUUGAAUCUCGCUGCAACAACUUGAAAUUUCUCAACCAAGUUAUUAUUCAUGGGAGAAACAUUCAAAUAAGUUUAAGAUGAUGAAAUGUCCAUGUUUAAGUGUUUCAUUUGAGUGGUGUAUAUUCUUCAAAAAUUUCAGUUUUGUUAAUUAGAGAAGAAUCGAAUAACCUAUUAAAUCAAAGAGGAAUGAUAUUUAUACAAUCAAUUCUAUACAACUUUUAUGAUAAUUAUUUUUUCUCUCUUCUUAUCGGAUAAAAACAAUAGAGAGAGAAAGAAGAAGAGAGCGAAUAAAAGCCUAUGUGAUCGUUUAAAACUUCAAAAUUAAGUAGAGUAUUUAGCACCCUUGUUGAUAAGUCUCGUAUAAUGGAAAAUACUUGGGUGCCAUAGUUUUUUGGUGCCAUUGAUGACAUAGGUUCAUUUUAGAUAAAAGAUAAUGAUUAAAAUAAAUUAUUUAGAUGAGAGAGAAUGAAUUGUUAAGAGAGAGAUAGACACAAAGUUACCUAUGAAACUAAUAAAACCAAAAAACUACCCAAGUGCUACCCUAUAAUAAUAGCGGUUGUUGAGGGGACAACAUUUGUCAUAUAAAAUAAAAGUAAUGGCAGACGAGCUAACUACGACAAAGGAAGAAUCAAAGAAAGAAGUAAAGAACGUAAGUGGAAAUUUACAAUGAACUUCACAAUAAAAUACAACAAUACUUCUAUAUAAAGAUGUGCAGGAUUUGCUUCUUCUCUUUCAACCACAUACAUAGUCAAAGAUAACCUGGUAACAGAGAAGCACAAAGACUUUGGAACCAUCGUGUUUAUCAUUUCAGAGGUAAAUAAAUAAACUUAGUUCUACCCUUCAAAAAAAAAAAAAAACUAAGUUCUAGAUCCUCGUUGUAACAACCUAGAUUUUCUCGACCUAGUUAGUUAGUUAACUACUCAUGGGAGAAACCACAGAACUGGAUGUUAUUUCAUCACCACAAUUUCAACAAAGAUUCAAACAUGACCAAAAGAAUCUUUGUUGCAUCAAGUGGUUUUCUUUGGUUAAGCGCUGUAUAUUUGUAGUUUUCUAUAAGAAGAAGAAUAAGGAUGAUUUUGAUUCAUGUGUUGGAGAUGAUGACGACAAGCAAAAAAUGGGAAAAGAUGUUGAAGGUAAGCUGAGAGAACUUCUUAAGAUUCUAGAUAAAGAAAAUUUUGGGAAGAAAAUUAGUGGAUCUAUUCUUAAGGGUCCUUUUGAUGUUCCUGCAAAUCCUGAAUUUACUGUUGGUUUGGAUUUGCAAUUGAUUAAGUUGAAGGUGGAAAUUCUCAGAGAAGGUAGAUCUACUCUUUUGUUGACUGGUCUGGGUGGAAUGGGAAAAACAACUCUGGCUACAAAGCUGUGUUUGGAUGAUCAAGUUAAGGGUAAAUUCAAGGAAAACAUUAUAUUUGUAACCUUCUCAAAAACACCCAUGCUGAAGAUUAUUGUAGAGAGAUUAUUUGAACAUUGCGGAUAUCCGGUGCCUGAGUACCAAAGUGAUGAAGAUGCGGUAAAUGGAUUGGGACUUUUGCUGAGGAAAAUUGAGGGAAGUCCAAUAUUGUUAGUCCUGGAUGACGUUUGGCCCGGAUCAGAAGACCUAGUCGAGAAAUUUAAAUUUCAGAUAUCAGAUUAUAAAAUUUUGGUCACUUCAAGGGUUGCAUUUUCUAGAUUUGACAAAACAUUUAUCCUAAAGCCUCUUGCUCAAGAAGAUUCGGUAACCCUUUUCCGUCACUACACAGAGGUUGAAAAAAACAGUUCAAAAAUUCCUGACAAAGAUCUUAUCGAAAAGGUUGUGGAACAUUGCAAGGGUUUACCACUUGCCAUUAAAGUGAUUGCAACAUCAUUCCGUUAUCGACCAUAUGAGUUAUGGGAAAAGAUUGUAAAGGAACUUUCACGAGGUCGUUCUAUACUUGAUUCUAAUACUGAAUUACUUAUUCGCCUCCAAAAGAUUUUGGAUGUUUUGGAAGAUAAUGCCAUUAGCAAAGAGUGCUUCAUGGACCUUGCAUUAUUUCCUGAAGAUCAGAGAAUUCCUGUUGCUGCCUUGAUUGAUAUGUGGGCAGAGUUGUAUGGACUAGAUGAUGACGGCAAAGAAGCAAUGGACAUAAUCAACAAAUUAGACUCUAUGAAUUUGGCUAAUGUCUUAAUAGCUAGGAAAAAUGCAAGUGACACAGAAAAUUACUACUACAAUAAUCACUUCAUCGUCCUUCAUGAUCUGCUGAGAGAGCUUGGGAAUUAUCAAAACACCCAGGAACCUAUUGAACAAAGAAAAAGACAGCUUAUUAACACAAAUGAAAGCAAAUGUGACCAGAGGCUCAGGGAGAAGCAGCAAGGUACAAUGGCCCACAUAUUAUCCAAAUUGAUUGGAUGGUUUGAUAAACCGAAGCCUCAGAAGGUCCCUGCCCGCACAUUGUCUAUAUCAAUUGAUGAAACUUGCGCUUCAGAUUGGUCCCAAGUGCAGCCAGCUCUUGCUGAGGUUCUGAUUUUAAAUCUUCAAACCAAACAGUACACAUUUCCAGAAUUGAUGGAGAAAAUGAACAAACUUAAAGCUCUUAUAGUCAUAAAUCAUGGUUUACGCCCUUCUGAACUGAACAAUCUUGAGCUACUUAGCUCUUUAUCCAACCUUAAAAGAAUCAGGCUAGAGAGGAUUUCUGUUCCUUCCUUUGGCACAUUGAAGAAUCUUAAAAAAUUAUCCCUCUACAUGUGUAAUACAAGACUCGCUUUUGAAAAGGGCAGCAUCCUAAUUUCCGACUUAUUUCCUAAUUUAGAAGAUUUGAGCAUGGAUUAUUGCAAGGAUAUGACAGCAUUGCCUAAUGGGGUGUGUGAUAUUAUCUCGUUGAAAAAGCUCAGUAUUACUAAUUGCCAUAAGCUUUCUUUGCUGCCCCAAGAAAUUGGAAAGUUGGAGAAUUUGGAACUCUUGAGCCUGAUUUCCUGCACUGAUUUGGUAGAGCUACCAGAUUCUAUUGGAAGGCUUUCAAAUCUAAGACUACUUGACAUCUCCAACUGCAUAAGCCUUUCAAGUUUACCCGAGGACUUUGGCAAUCUGUGUAAUCUACGAAAUCUCGACAUGACUAGUUGUGCAAGUUGUGAAUUGCCAUUCUCCGUUGUCAAUCUUCAGAAUUUAAAGGUGACAUGUGAUGAAGAGACAGCUGCUUCAUGGGAAUCUUUCCAAUCUAUGAUUUCCAAUUUAACUAUAGAAGUUCCUCAUGUUGAAGUCAAUUUAAACUGGCUUCAUGCAAAUCGCUCCUAAAACCUACGUGCACUCUUCCUUUGCCUUUUCAAGUUGUCGUUGAGGACAUUGAAGCCGAUAGACCAAAAUACUCCGUUUUCUGCUUUGGAACUCGUCAACAUCUAGGGUCAUUCAAAUAUUGAUUCUAGUAGCAAGUAAUGUGCCUACAUGUCUCAAAAAAGGCUUCAUGUUUACGAUAGAUAGGAAGGCAGGAAGUAAUAAAAAAACAAAACAGUCUGAAAAUGAAGAAUGAUGGUGAUACUGAUGCACUAAGGCACAUGGAAAGAAAAUGAAAUCAUGAUGGUUAAGCAUUGGUUUGGAGUAAAAGUGGCAAAGGAAGAGGUAAAGGUGUUAGUAAAUGUGUCCCCCUGUGAAACUGAAACAUCGUCUAGUAGUAUUUUAGGUAAAUUCUAGGCUGCCUUUGAAAAGUUGUGGAUAAGUUACGCAUAUAUCAAUUAAAAACAGCCGCAUGUACUCCUAAUGUUUUUCUUCAAAAAUUACAUGUUUGAUAUAUAUUAUGGAGUACAUGUGACUGAUUUUAAUUGGUUGUGAGUAAUUUAUCCACACCUUUUUAAAGGUAGCCUAGAUCUCGCUGUAUUUUAAGUUUUUAACGUUAAUAAGUUGAUGUGUCAAAGUUGCUGAAGUUGUGCAAAGGCAAAUCCUCAUUUUAAUCCUUCUAAUUUAUGACUUGAAAAUGUGAAAUAAAUUUCUGCUUCAAGUUAUUUCCUGAAGACACGAGGAUCCUCUGCUGCUAUGGACAGAAAUCCAUGAUGAAGAUGAUUUGAGUGCAGUGGAGAAAAUUCAAGCACAGGUCAAUGUCAUGUUUGGUAUUUUAUUUUUAUUUUUUGUUUUGUUUGGUUUGUAUAAUAGUACUAGUGGAGUGGCUCUUAAACAAUUUGUGAUAUUAUGUGUGAUUUUCUGAAAAAGCCACUAACUGCAAGUUGUGUAAAACUAUGGUUAUGAAAUAAAACUGUUUGAUAUUUCUGUUUGGCAACAAAGAAAGAGACAAA